AUGGUCAUGAUGGAAAGAAAUCUUUUUAUACUAUUGUCUUAUGAAAAAUUACAACGUCCAAAUAUUAGCAAUAGAAGUCGACCAAUCGAAGCAUCAUUGAGAAAACGUUUAUUAGUCUGGAAUUUGUUAAAAAAAAUUGAAAAUGAUUCAUCUCAAGAAGCACAACAUGAAAUCCAAGAUAAUGAAAAUGAUCAAACAUCUUGGAUGCUAGAUGUUAAUUCAACUGAAAUGGAUAUUGAAGAAUGUGAUUCUAGUAAACAAUCUCAAAUAUCAACAGUGAUCACAUCAAACAAUAAUGAUGGUAUAUUAUUAGAACAUAAUGAUUUAGAAUCAAUGGAUACAGAACAACAAAUUAUCAUUAAAAAUGAAUGUUCGAAUUCACUGUCGUCAGACCGAGUUAUUGGAGCUGAAAGACGUCAACGAAUGGCAACAACGGAACAAAAUUUAUCUAUAUCAAAUGAUGAUAGUUUACUAGUUGAUCGAAUUUGUGAAGAAAAAGAAAAACUGUUAUCGACCCCUCCAUUAUUAACGUUUCCAUGUACAAAUACCAUCUCUUCGUCAUCAAAUUAUUUAGAAGAAACAGAACAAUUCUUUCAUGAUUUAUGUCAAGAAUUAACCUCAACGGCAGCAGUUGUAUGCGAUUCAUAUGAUCAUUUUGAUUUUCCAUUAUAUCAUGAUCAAUUGUGUAAAAUACCAACAUCCUCACCCACUUCACCAACAACCACGACCGAACUUAUUCAUUGA